UUUGAGCCCAUGAACGACGCCUGCCGUUGGAUUCCCGGAAGAUCCGACCGUGAAAUCAAAGCCUCACGUCGAUUAUGGCGAAAGGAAUUCUCAAAUGGUCCAUCUAUGCGGGGGAAAAUCAUACACAGGGUGAUAUAUCGGAGCGAUGGUAUGGCCAUUCACUGGUAAGUCAUAGCAAAUUAUCUCUCCUUUAAAUGAUCAAAGUGUGCGUAGGCGAAGGGCAACAUCAGGCAUCCAAGCUGAUCCAACCGACUUUGGAUCACCACAUCGUAGUCACCCACCUCAACCCCCCGGGGCGCGAAUGUCAGACAUCGAAAGCGCUGACAAUGAAAAAGGAACAAAGGAACCCGAGAACAAAGCAGUCCAGGUCAAGCGCGAGGCUUCGGUUGAAUUUGAGCACGAGUCGCCCAGGGCCGAAUCAUCUGAACCGAAUCGACUUCCUACCGGCGAUGACUCGCUCACAGACAUGCUCACUGAUGAUUCUUAUGACGAGUUGUUGCCCACCCCUUCAAUCCUUCCCACCUAUGAUUCACAGAACAACUCCGAUCUUUCGACCACAGAAUCAUUCCCCAAUGUUCAAGGACUUCUUUUAAGCAGAAGUGACCUUAUUGGCCUUGCAGAACAUCGUGAGGGAUACCGCCUGCUUUCUCUGCCGUUUCAUGUCAUGUCAGUGUCCAAAGAUGGUGACAUGGAAUUUACCACUAGAGGGCCCCCGAGAUCUCUAAUACCUGACUGGGAAAUUCGCGCUUCUGCUGGAAACAAGCUUUGCAGUGUUGAUCAAUGGGAAGACGGUCGUUCUUCGAGUGUCUACUUUGCUUACAGCUCCGCAGCCUAUCCGAUAGCCCGGCUCCAGAUGCAAGGGAACGAUCGGGCUCCCACUUUGGACCACAUCCAAGCAAACCCGCAUCGACACGCAAUAGUCGAUCGUGUGUGUGCUUUACCAUCGUCUCCGUCCAGCGUUAGGUUCGUUACUUCAGCUAAUGAUGGGACAUGUUUCCAUUGGAGUGCGGAAUCUCCAAGUAGCGAACCAACUGUCGAAAGACUGAAUAUAUACACCUCAGCCCCUUUGAAUGACCUAUCAUUUUGUUCUGAAACCUCAUCUUUAUAUCUCUGCGGUAACGAUGGAACCGUUUCUAAGUUUGAUAUGCACUCCGCAACCAGCAGCACAGUUCUCUCUUUGGACGCUGCACCUCGUCAUCUUCACGUUCAUUCCUCCAAUGUCAUUCUGCUCGAAACAGACGAUCCUGAUCUCGAGUUUGAGAUUCGCGAUCUCAGAACGCCAAGAAGUUCCUGCAGAUUUGGUUACGACAGGAGAUCUCAUUUGUCAUUCGAGGGCCGAGGAGAUCUGCAGAGCGGUUUAUUUGCUCGAGGCGAUGCAAAAGGCACUGUUCGUUUAUGGGAUUUAAGAAAUGUGGAAGAUCAUUUCUCCUACACUGUUGCCCGUGGUCGACAAGUCCCUCACGUUAUCUUCAAUAGCAUAACGCGAGAUCGUGUACAAUUAAUCUCGUGCCUGGCCGACAACCGGCUCUCUUUCUCCACCCUUGUUGCUACACCAUAAGUAUAUGAUCUUAAGUACUAUUGUAAUCAUGGUUAUAAUGUUGUAUGGCAGUUCACGUCGCUAAAGG